AUGGUAUAUAAGUACCAUAGCACGGCGGAAGACGAGGUGGUAUUCCCGGCGCUCGAUUCCCGUGUUAAGAACGUCGCGCAUGCGUACACGCUCGAGCAUAAAGUGGAGAGCGACCUUUUCGACCAGCUCUCUGACCUUGUAUCCAACUUAAGACGCGACGAGACCACGGAACGCAGUCUAUUCAGCCAACUUAUCUGCUGCACAGAGGCCUUGCUCACAGUGCUCGUGCAGCAUUUGUCGAAAGAAGAAGAGCAGGUGUUUCCGCUGCUGGUAGAGCAUUUCGACGCGGUGGAGCAGGCGAAUCUAGUCUGGCAGUUUCUGUGCAGCAUGCCAAUAAAGCUCAUGGAGGAUUGCCUCCCCUGGAUGGCUUCUUAUCUUACGGAAAAGGAGCAGGAGGAAAUGGUGGAGCACAUGCAUAAGAUUGUCCCGCAAGAGGAGCUCUUGCAGGAGGUGGUUUCUGGUUGGAUGAGCCGAAUGCAUGGCCUGUUUCCGAAAAUCCACGAGAGAUGGACAGGAUUGGUGAAGCCCAAGCUCUCGGGGACUAAAAUGGCUCGUCCAAAGGGCACAAUUCAGAAAGCUACCACGGCCCAAAACAGGCAUCCCAUUGACGAGUUGCUGUAUUGGCACAACGCAAUCAGAAAGGAACUGGAAGCUUUCAACAGAGAAGUGAAAGGCCUGGAGCUUGACACCUUUGACAGCCUUAUCAGAAGAUACCGGUUUCUCUCAGAUAUUUGCGUUUUUCACAGCACAGCAGAGGACCAGGUGGUGUUCCCUGCGCUUUCACAGCAUGUAGACCUUCCGACACGCUAUGUACAGGCCCAUGCAAACGAAGAGAAGCUCUUCGCUGCAGUAGGGCAUCUGCUGGACGAGGUUCGGCAUGUGAUGGAGCACAGUCCCAGCGCUGCCGAGCCGCUGCUUUCCGAGCUGAAGAAACAAGCUCUGACCGUUGUGGAGUCACUGGACCAGCACUUGCAAGCUGAAGAGGAUGAUGUUUUCCCUCUGCUGCGGCAGCACUGCAGUCUGGAUGAGCAGAGGCAGCUUGUCUACAGGUGCUUACUGGUCAUGCCUCUGCGGCUGCUAGAGCGUGUGCUUCCGUGGGUCAUGACAUUUGUCACAAAGGAGGAGGCCACAGAAAUUGUCGAGAACAUGAAGCUUGCCGCUCCUGAGAUGGAUGUUCCUCUGGUCUCCCUGUUCACAUCCUGGGCCAGUAAGCACCCACCCCAAUCUGGCGACACCACCACAGCAUCCCAAGCCUUGGAUUCCAGCGUCUUUGACAUUCCAAGACCAUUCACAACAGCAAAGUCAGGAGACCACUCAGUACACUCGAGCGCAUCCGCGGAUGCAGCCUCAUUGGAAGUGGGAUCCCAGCGCACAGCAGCCAGCCCCAAGGACAGCGUCUCCACCCCUCCCUCCAAGCGAGCCAGGCUCCUCAGCGGCUCAUUCCAGAGCUUACCAGCAAUACUAAUCAAACCCGAACCUCCCCCUCCAAUGCAGCUGUCCGCUCCCGAGCCUGGGUCUCUCGGUUCCAAAGCGCUCUGCUUCUCAAGUGCAGCAGGCCGCGCCCUCACUCGCUCAUCUGCCUCCAGAGGAGGGUUUCUCACAGGGGGGGUCCUGGGUCCUGGCAUUUUCUCAAAUGACAGGGGUAGCUCGUCAAGCCAGCGGCCCAUAGAUGCCAUUUUCCACUUCCACCAGGCGCUUAGGAAAGACCUAGAGUACCUCUCUGCUGAGUCAGCGCGGCUUGCCACGUGCGACGACGAUGCCGCGCGGGAUUUCAGCGGCCGGUUCCACUUCCUGUGGGGUCUGUACCGCGCGCACAGCAAUGCCGAGGAUGAGAUCGUGUUUCCGGCGCUGGAGGCGAAGGAGGCGCUGCACAACGUGAGCCACUCGUACACGAUCGACCACAAGCAGGAGGAGGAGCUUUUCGAUGCCAUCGCCGGCGUUCUGAACCAGCUCUCGGGUGUUAUUUCUGCUAUAAAUAAAGCCAAGGGCUUGGCGGCGAAAGCUGAGGAGAGCGGAGGGGAGGCGGAGAGGGAGGAGGCGAGGAAGCAGGUGAAGGAGCUGGAGGAGAGGAGGAGGGAGCUGGCGGAGCGGGUGCAUCGGAUGAGCCUGUCGGUGCGGCUGUGCCUGGACCAGCACAUCUCCCGCGAGGAGCUGGAGCUGUGGCCGCUGUUUGGGAUUCACUUCAGCAUGGAGGAGCAGGACGCGAUCGUGGGGCGCAUCAUUGGCACCACCGGCGCUGAGGUGCUGCAGGCCAUGCUGACGUGGAUCACAGCAGCCAUCUCAGACGAGGAGCAAGCACGGAUGGUGGACACGUGGCGCAAGGCAUCCCGCAACACCAUGUUCGACCAAUGGCUAAGCGCCUGGUGGAAGUCCCCUGCUGGCACGUCCAACCCCCUGCCGCCCUCCCCGGGGCAUCAAGGCCACGCGAGGGACGAUCUGGCUGAUAGCCUCUCCUCUGACGCGCUGCAGAUGGUGGCUGAGUAUCUAGAGAGUGAUGGGUCGCGGCCAGCAGCAGGGGCAGAGGCAGCAGAGCAGGGGGGUGCAGUAGCAGCAACGCGUGUUGACACAUCCUGUGCGGAUGGUGCUGCGGACGCUGGUGCCGCUGGUGCUGCUGGUGGUGGUGCUGCUGGUGGUGGUGCUGCUGGUUGUGAUGGUGCUGGAUGUGGACAUGGCCAUGUGGAAGGGACGGCAUCUUACAGGGAGGGUACGGGUGGAGAGGGUUGUUCUGCGCCAGGAGAAUCCGGUGAUGUGCGUACGGGGAGUGAUGCUGGCAAGGAGGUGGAGAAGGACAAGAGGACGUUUCGACCAGGGUGGCACAACAUAUUCCGCAUGAACCAGAAGGAGCUGGAGGCCGCCAUCCGCCGCGUCUCCAGCGACUCUUCUCUGGACCCCAGGAGGAAGGCGUACCUCAUGCAGAACCUCAUGACCAGCCGGUGGAUCGUGGCACAGCAGCAGCAGCACAAGUCAUCCCGCGACGCGCCCGAGGAGGAGGUGCUGUGCCCGUCGUACCACGACGAGGAGAAGGGCAUCUUUGGCUGCCAGCACUACCGCCGCAACUGCAAAGUGCGCGCCGUCUGCUGCGGCAAGCUCGUCUCCUGCCGCUUCUGCCACGACAAGGUCGCCGACCACACCAUGGACAGGCAUGCGGUGCGGGAGAUGAUGUGCAUGAAGUGUCUCAAGGUGCAGCCUGUGGGGCAGUACUGCGCCACGCCCUCCUGCAACGGCUACUCCAUGGCCAAACACUACUGCAGCAUCUGCAAGCUCUUUGAUGACGCCAGGGACAUUUACCACUGUCCGUUCUGCAACCUGUGCCGGGUGGGGAAGGGCCUGGGCAUCGAUUACUUCCACUGCAUGACGUGCAACGCGUGCAUGUCCGUGACACUCGCACAGCACACGUGCCGGGAGAAGGGCCUCGAGUCCAACUGCCCCAUCUGCCAUGACUUCCUCUUCACCUCCUCCGCGCCCGUCAAGGCGCUCCCUUGUGGUCACUUCAUGCACUCGGCGUGCUUCCAGGCGUACACAUGCGAGCACUACACCUGCCCCAUCUGCUGCAAGUCCGUCGGAGACAUGCGGGUGUACUUUGGAAUGCUGGACGCUCUACUGGCAGCGGAGCAACUUCCAGAGGAAUACCGCAACCGGCAACAGGCCAUUCUCUGCAAUGACUGCGAGGCCAAGGGGAGUGCGUCUUUCCACUGGCUCUAUCACAAAUGCUCUGCCUGCGGCUCAUACAACACCCGCACUAUUUAG